UUGAGGUCUCAUAAUUUCCCAGUGCUCGGUGUGCUAUGCUAUAUCAGUACUUCAUUUUCCUGAAAGCUAAGGAGACUAGUCCAUCUCUUGUUAAGGGCAUCGUCAAGCAAUUUGCAAUCUGCAAAAAGAGAACGGUGGUAGUGUGUGCGCAGGUCGACGGAGGUGAUGGGAGGACGGCGGAGGACAGUGGGUAGGUGGCUGUGACUGGAGAUGGAGGAGAAGGCAGUGAGAGGGAUGGAGUCGAUGAAGACUAGGGACGGAGGAAGAUGCACAACAGUUGAGCGUACUUUGGUAAAAAAUCUUUGCAAUCUCAGGAUACAAAUUGCAAAGAUCGAUCAGCAUCUCAAGUUUGUUCGGAUUUAGAUUCUUCAUAUAGCAACUUCUAGUUAUUUGAUCGCAUUGUGCUUUUAAAAAUUUGAAGGAAAAAAAAAGAAGCAAAAAGACAGAAAAGACGCUCGUCUGUCCUGGACAUCAUCCAACGGCCUUGAGAUGGCAUGUCCUGGGGAAGGUAUCUUAACAGAAGUUGCCAAGAGAUUAUUGGAUAAAACCAUAAAGGAAGUCAAUUAUUUUCGUCAUUUCGAGACUCGUGUUCUUGAAUUUGAGCAACGCCACAAUGAUUUGGAUACAAGACGAGAAAAACUGCAAAAUGAUAUUGAAGAUGCUAGAAAAAGAAAUGAUAAUCAAAUUGAGGUUGAUGUUAAAAAGUGGAUCAAGGACGCUGAUAAUUUAGUUCGAGAGAACACUAAAAUCAAGCAAACAUGGUCUUAUGGUUGGUGUCCUUAUUGGCAAUACCGACAAGGCAAGAGGUUGGCACAGAAGACACAAGUCAUUAAGGAUCUCAUUGAAAAAUGUAACUUUGAAAGAGUAGCUCGUCCAGGUGAACUUCCAGGUAUGAGGUACCACGCUUCAAAAGACUUCAUUGAUUUUGAGAGUAGAAAGACAAAAUUCAGGCAACUUGUGGAAGCAUUAGAAGGUGGAAAUCAUAGCAUGAUUGGAUUGCAAGGAAUGGGGGGAACAGGUAAAACCACAUUGGCAGUACAAGUGGGCAAGCAAGCUGAAGAAUCCAAAGCAUUUGAUAAAGUCAUCUUUGUCGUUGUUUCUAAUCCUCCAGAUGUCAAUAAGAUUCGAGGUGAAAUUGCAAGGUCAUUAGGUUUGGAUUUAUAUCAAAGAGUUGAAGCAGAUCACUCGAAGCUGUUAUGGUCUACAAUUUCUGACAAUGAAAUAAAAUUACUCAUAAUAUUAGAUGAUGUGUGGGAGAAGCUAGAUCUUAACGAAAUUGGGAUCCCUUUUGGACCUGAUCACAAGAAUUGCUAUGUUUUAAUAACUACCCGCCAUUCAAAAGUUUGUGAAGCAAUGAGAUGCCACCAAAUAGUUCGCCUACACACGUUGGCUGAUGAGGAUGCAUUGACACUUUUUCUAUCUCAUGCUAGGAGUAAUGAUUCUGAGGGUCUUGCACAAGAUUUUGUGAAGGAGUGUGGAGGAUUGCCAGUUGCAAUUGUAGCACUAGCUGGAGCAUUAAGAAAUUGGCCCGUAGGUGAAUGGAAUGUAGCUUUAACAACCUUACGAAAUUCUAAGCAAUUUAUUGAUGUUGAUGAAGAUUUGGUGACAGUUUAUAGAUGCUUGAAAUUAAGCUAUGAUCAUUUAAAUGAUGAGAAGGCUCAAACGCUAUUUUUAUUGUGUUCUAUUUUUCCAGAGGACUAUGAAAUUCCUAUAAACCUUAUUAUUAGACUUGGUAUAGGGUUAGGAAUUUUUGGCAGAGCUGACGAAUAUUGUGCAUCAAGAAGUCGAGCACUUGCAGUGAAAAAUAAACUCAUAGCUUCUUCUUUGUUAUUGAAGGUUGAGGGAAAAGAAUGUGUAAAAAUGCAUGACUUGGUUCGUGAAGUAGCCCAGUGGAUAGCAAAAGAAGAUAUUCAGGUGAUUACAGAUUCAAUAAUGACUUUAAAGGCCAACAAGCGAUUUGUGUUUUGGAGUGCUGAUGAUUUUCCUGAUCAACUUGAUGGUACAAAACUUGAAAUUGUACUUCUUUGGAUAAGUGGAAAUGCUCCAGUGAAAGAUCCAAAUGCAUUCUUUGCAAGAAUGUCAAGGCUCAAAAUUCUGUUUUUACUUGCUGGAUAUGGUAGAAAAUUUCCCACUCCUCCAUCUUUGUCUUGGUCACGUCUUUUCACUCAAUCACUGUCACAAUCACUUCUUUCGUUAAAGAAUAUUCACACUAUUAUCUUGGAUGGUUGGGAAUUAGGUGACAUCUCUGUUUUGAAGAAUCUUCAAAGUCUUGUGACGCUCGAAUUGAAAAAUUGUUUAAUUAUUGAAUUGCCCAAAGAUAUCAAGGAGCUACAGAAGUUGAGAUGGUUGGGAUUAAGGAACUGUGAAAUUCAAAAGAACAAUCCUUUUCAAGUGAUUAAAAGAUGCUCACAAUUGGAAGAACUGUAUUUUGUCAGCAAUUACAAUGUCAAAGACUGGAAGCCAGAGGAUGACAAAGAAAUUGACAGUGAAAUUGCUGCUGAUAUAUCUUCUUCUGCAUUGCAAUUUUUUUCUAUUGCUUGCAGUGGUUUUAAAUGUUUUGCUAAUGACGAUAAUGGCCUAUUAAAAUGCUUCAAUUCAGAACAUCUGAAAUAUUUAAUAUCAGAAGCCAUAUUUAAGUACCUUGUGGGAAGAGCAGAAGUUCUUGAGCUGGGGAACUUAGGAGAAAAAGGGUGGAAAAGUCUUGUCCCUAACAUUAUUCCUGCGGAAGAGGGAGGCAAGGAUAAUUUAAUCAAGCUUUACUUGUAUGAAUGGGCUGACAUUGAGUGCCUUGUUGAUACUUAUAAGUGUCACUAUUCUAAUUUGACAGUCUUCUUAAACUUGAUUGAGUUGCAUCUGCAUAGUGUGGAUGUGAAAGAAUUAUGUGGGGGUGCUAUGCCUUCAGGCUUUCUUGAGAAGUUACAGAUUUUAAAGUUAGAGGGUUGUAGGAAACUGCAAAACAUAUUCUUAGAUGAAACUCUCAAACUACCCCAUUUGAAGGUAUUGAAAUUGAAAGACUGCCCAAUGUUCCAACCAUCAAUUUUCAAACCCUCUAUUGCUCAAAGUCUUGGGCUAUUGGAAGAAUUAGUAGUUGAACAUUUUGCAGAAUUGAAAAGUUUAAUUGCAGAUAAGAGUUUAGAAGAAGAAAUGAGGUUGGAAAAUCUAAGUGAGUUGAGGCAUAUAUUCAGGGGUCCCAAAUAUAUUUUGAGCCUCCCCAAUCUCCAACAACUAGACAUCAUAGCAUGUAAAAAGCUAACAGCAAUAUUCUGUGUCUCAAUAGUGAAAAACCUCCCACAAUUAUCCUAUUUAAGUAUAAAAGAAUGUGACGAAUUAGUUGAUAUCAUUGAAGAGUGUGAUAGGGAUCAUUUGCAUCAACUUUGUUUCCCAGAGUUAAAGGAAAUUAACAUCAAGUGUUGUAAUAGCUUGAAAUUCCUCUUCUCUAUCUCAACAUGUGGGAUGUUUCCAAAGUUGGAGGUUUUGAAAAUAGAAGAAGCCCCAGAGCUUGAGCAAAUAUUUAUAUGCAAACAAGCUAAUAUGCAGAAGAUGGAAAAAAUGGGGGAAGUAUUUCCAAAAUUGUCAGAGGUAAUACUUAGAAAACUCCCAAAGUUUAUUUCUAUUUGUGAAGGAAUUGAUUUUAAGGAUCUGCAAUGUGAUGUGGAAGAUUGCCCAAAAUAUCGAGAAAUCAGUGAAAUCCAAGAAGAGCCUAAAAAUGAAGAUUCAGAAAAUCAAGCAACAGCAAGUGUUGUACAAGAAUUUGCGGAGAUCACAGAGGAAACAUUACUUGAAAUUCAAGUCAAAGAUCCUUCAGCUUCAAAGAAACAAGCAUCAAGAACUUUAGCAGCAAAAUCACAACCGAGAGGGAUAUCUGUACAUGACUUGGAGGGUGAACACAAAACAAGUGAAUCAACUAUGCUGCUCCAACAAAAAGAUCUUGUACAAACAAAAACCACUAAAGCUUCGCAGAAAACCAAUGUGCCAUUUGAUGAUAAUAGUAUUGAUAUCAUAUCAAAAGAAAGAGCUGAAAGUGGUCCUACCUCAGAGGAUGUAGUGGCAGCAACUAUGGUAGCUGAUUUAGCACCAAGAAACUCAUCAGAAGCAUUAAUCAUUCCUCACCAAAAAGAGUUCCCAUUGGAUUUGAAGCCAUCGGAAUCAAGAAGUGAAACAAGCAUGAAAAGCCAGGAGGAGCUAGCAGAUAGGAUGAUUAUUAGUGUUACUUCCUCAGUUGUUUCACAAGUCAGAGACUUGCAAUUGGAUCCAUCUAAAUUGGUUGCCAGCAUGGAAGAAACACAUGAGAAAGGCUCUCAAGAGGAUGAUGCAGCAGAGGAAAUUCCAAUAAUAGUUCGAUCAACUAAUUCAAUUUCAAGGAAGCAAAAUAGAGUAUCAUCCAUUUCUGCACAAAGCUCCGAAGAAAGAGAGAAAGAAGCUGUUAAAAAACAUGAUUUGCAGCUAUCAAUGGCUCCAAUGUCGACAAAUUUAGAGAGCAUCAAAGAUACAACAGAACGAGGUCUUGAAGAGAAUUAUGCAGAAGAUGAUGUCGUGACAGCAGUUGGAUCAAUUAAUUCAGAUUCAAGGAAGCAAUGUACAGGACCAAUUGAUAACCUCUCUAGAAAACAUUCUGCACUAAGUGCUAAGGAAAAAGAAAAAGGAAUUGAUGAAAAAGCUACUGCUACAGACACAUCACCAGUGGCAACUCCAUUCAUAAGAGCCCUUACUGUUAAAGAAGCAGAACAUCACUCAAAUGUUCAAGAGGAAGCAAUCAUCCCCCCAGCCAUUCCUUCUCUCCGUCAUCAAUCACAGAUUGCUUAUGCUGGUACUUCGUCUCCUAAACUGGGGAUUUUUGAAAUUUUCAAACUUGUGGAGUUGAAACAAGGAGAAACAGCUUUACUUGCGGAAGCACUAGAGCGAUAUCCCCAACUAUUGCUACCUCGCGAACAUCGAACCCAUCGUAUAAUAGCUUGGUCCUACAGAGUACUGGUUGAUAUUCUGGUCAUGCUCGCCACCAAGACUCCUUAUACGAUUACCACAUCAGAAAAAUCAACCUUGGAGGCAAACUUAAGUGAAGCAAUUGUUCUUGGGUUCGACAAAGACUGGGUUGAAUCAGUUCGUGCCAAAGUUUUUGGCGUUGACGUGUCUGACAUCUCAGCAGAAAAAGAGGAGAUUCAAGCCAUGGAGUUCAAGCUUGGAGAAAUUGAUUCUCAGUUGUUGGGUCUCUCUGAGCGUCGCAAGAAACUGAUUCAGAAUAUGACCAUGAUCAGAAGCAUAGCAAGUGCCAAAGGUAAACCCUUUGGCAUUUAGGUGUGUUUUACAUUACUGUGCUUUGUUAUUUGUUUUCGAUUCUAGUAAGACUCCGAAAGAGGGUACC